AUGUCACUCGUUGCGUUAGCUGCACCGGUCUCUCCUACUGUCGUUGCUUUUCACCGCGGAGCGAAGCAAUGGAGCGCGCUAUUUCCAAGAAGCAGGGGAAUCGGUUCUUCGUUGUUCUCAAACUCUCCCAGGAAACGGUUGCAAUUGCGGUUUUUCGCCUCGGGAAAAAAUGGCGGCAAUGGAGGCAUUGCGAAGGAGAUAUCUGAAGCCGAAAAAGAGCCUACGAAUUUUGCGUGGCCUGAUAACAAGGUUUCGAAGUGUUACUUUCCUCUAUUGGAAAUCAAACCCAGGGUGUGCAUAUUAGGCGGUGGAUUUGGUGGCUUGUAUACUGCUUUAAGGUUGGAAUCAUUGGAGUGGCCUGAUGAUAACAAACCACAG